GGAUUUGAGGAGUCGAAGAGUGCGUGUUGUGGGCUGGGUUGGUACAACGCGAGCAUAGGAUGCGUGGCAAUGGAGAUGGCGUGCAGCCGAGUGGGGAGGAGCGUGUGGUGGGACUUGUACAAUCCGACGGGGGCUGUCAAUUCGCUGCUUGCGGAUUCUGCGUGGUCUGAUCAGCCCUUCUCCAGCUUCUGCCAUCCAUCCACCGUUCAGGACUUGGUAUGGCCUUAAAUCAAUUCAUUCAUUUACGUGGGUUAUUUGGUUGUUUCCGAAAACUCAUUUGAUCAAUUGCAAUUUCUCUCUUUGCAAGAUAAAUGAAACUUCAGUUCAUACAAAUGAAGGAAAAAAGGUUGCAUAUCAAUCACUAAGUAGAUAUCUCUGUUUGUUUUUUUAGAAAUUGGGAAUAGAGAAUAUAAGAAAAUGAAUUAUAACUCCUUAUUGCUAAGUGGUUAAGUUGGGCUCUAUAUGUUGUCAACAAAAGAAAAGAUUAAUGGUAAUAAUUGUGUCCAGCUUCAGUGAAA